CUUACACUCUAUCAACCAUGUAGAACUUCGCUUUACUUGCGACACAUCAGUCAAAAAUCCACCAUCAGCUUAUCAUAAUGACAACGAAAACGAUCCCCACACUCACGCUCGAGGGCGCGCGCAUCGCGCUGGCCGCCGCCGAACAACGCGCCAAAGAAAUCGGCGUCCCCAUGAACAUCGCAAUCGUCGACCACGCAACGCACCUUCUCAACUUCGCCCGCAUGGAAGGCGCGAAGCUCACAUCAAUCAACAUCGCAAUUGAUAAGGCAUUCACCGCUGCAGGUCACAAGAUACCUACAUCAGUAUACAAAGAGAAUGUCUGGCCUGGUGGCCCAGCGUACGGAAUCAAUCACACAAAUGGCGGCAGAUUUAACACAAUUGGCGGUGGUUUGCCGAUUGUUUUGGAUGGAGUUGUAGUCGGUGCUGUUGGGUGUAGCACAGGGACGCCGGCGCAGGAUGAGGAUGUGAGCUCAGCGGGAAAGAAGGCGGUGGAGAAGAGCUUCGCGCUAAAGGCCAAGCUGUAAGCGACGAGUCCCUGCACAUUUAAGACAUGGGGGAACCAGGCACAAGUUGUGUGGUGGAGCCCUUGAUACUUGGGCCGUGCCAAUAUGGGGUGUGGUUGAGCAAUGAUACAAUAUCAUUCCUGCGAAGUCGCUGUAAAUUUUCCCCGCAUGUCGAAGAUGCGCGACUCAUACAGUAUCUUAGCUCUCUGCUCAUGAGAAGACCGAAAUUAGCUUGAGUUUGUCCGCGCA